AUGGCUCCUGCUGCUGUCCUGCUGGGUCUCUCUGCAUCCCUUUGGGGGGUCUCCACUGCAAGGUCCCUCUUGAGCCAGCUUGGGGACCGGAUCUGACAAGUGCAGGCUGGGUUGGGCCAGAAGCUGGGGGAGCCGAGCCUAGUGACGGAGGGCUGGCUCUGGCAGCCCCUGGAUCCUUUCAACAGCUCUGACCAGCGCUCCUUCCUCCAGCGCUACUGGGUGAAUGCCAGACACUGGAGGUCCCCAGAUGGCCCUGUUUUCCUGCAUGUUGGGGGUGAAGGCAGCCUUGGGCCAAGCUCUGUGCUUAAAGGUCACCCUGGGACCCUGGCCCCAUACUGGGGGGCUCUGGUGGUAUCCCUGGAACACCGAUUUUAUGGACAGAGUAUCCCCCCAGGAGGACUAGACAUAGCUCAGCUCCGCUUCCUGUCUAGCCGCCAUGCCCUGGCUGAUGUUGCCUCUGCCUGCAUCCAUCUCUCUCGGAUCUACAACAUCUCAGCCUCCAGUCCCUGGAUUGGCUUUGGAGGUUCCUACGCUGGCUCCCUGGCUGCCUGGGCCCAGCUAAAGUUCCCCCACCUCAUCUGGGCAGCUGUGGCCUCCUCAGCUCCUGUGCAAGCCCAGCUAGACUUCUCCAGUUACAAUCAGGUGGUAUCCAGAAGCCUGGCAGACCCGGCAGUGGGUGGUUCCCCUAAGUGCCAGAGGGCUGUGGCCCAGGCCUUCUCUGAGCUAGACCAUGGCCUGUCUGAUAGAAAGGAGACUCAGGCUGCAUUGCAAUCAGAGGUAAGGGCAUGUGAGCCCCUGGAGGCCUGUAAGGACCAGGCCAAGCUCCUGGAGCAGUUGGAAGGGUUGGUGGGGGCAGCUGUGCAGUACGACCAGCAGGCCGGAGUUCCCCUGGACGUGAGAGGCCUCUGCCACCUCGUCUUGGCCAAGCAGAGCAGAGGGCCCCUUUCAGGGCUCCAGGAUGCCAUCCAGCUUGUGCUGAAGACUCUGGGCGUCCCAUGCCUUCCCAGCUCAAAGGCAGCUGCCGUGGCUGAACUGAAGGACAGCAGACCACAGGCUGUGGGCCUGGGCUCCAGGCAGUGGUUCUAUCAAACCGUAUAGUUUGGGUACUACAUCACCUGCAAGGACUCCAGCUGCCCCUUCUCCAGGCGCAAGACGCUGUCAGCCCAGCUUCAGCUUUGUGCACAGGUGUUUGGGCUCUCCCCGGCCUCUGUGGCUGAAGCUGUGACCCGGACCAAUGCCUACUAUGGUGGUCGGAGCCCAGGCGCUACCCGGGUCUUCCUGCUCCCAGGUGAUAUUGAUCCUUGGCAUGUGCUGGGUGUGCUCCAGGCCCUUGGACCUUCGGAGCCAGCCAUGCUCCUGAGGGGUACAUCCCACUGCUCAGACAUGGCCACACCCCAGCCCUCAGACCCCCCCAGCCUACACCUUGGACGCCAGAAGAUUACUCAGCAGCUCAAGGUCUGGCUCCAGGAGGCAAAAGUAGAUCUGGGCAGUCCCUGAGCCUUGGCAGGAAUGCCCAAACCACCAGCUGAUCAAUGAACAUCUCGAAUACCCUGACACUUACCCUUCGCCAAGCCUGAACUGCCUCCUCUUUCCCUGAGCUGGGGGACCACAAGGGAGUCUUAUUCAACUCAUCUUCUCCCUCAGUUCUUACACUUCUAGGCAUCUCACCUGCAAACAGACAGAUCUACAAACCCCGACAUCUUUUUAGCAAACAUGCGGCAUCUCAGCCACAAAGAGUUCAGAUGUGCUGUCAACAUCUGUCCCUUCGAAACAAAUGAGGCUCCUCAUUAAGACAAGGUCAGCGUUUUCUCUGCUGACGUCCACAUUGCCUCAGUAAACAGCCAUCUUUCCCCUGAAACACCUGCUUUGCUGUCAUAGCUCAUGAGCAAACAUUUAUCACUCCUUUCUGGAGGGUCUCUAGGCCGGACAGCUCAAUGGGCAGAGCACUGGAUCUAGAGGGAGGUUAUUUCUGAUAAUCCCAACUCUCAGGGUGACCUUGGCCAAGUUACUUUGCUUCUCAAGACUCAGUU